AUGGCCUUAUGCGACGAUAUCCUUCUCUGUAAUUUUCCCAAGUGCCGGGCAAAGCUAAGUGGGUUUGCCUGGGUGACAGCAUGCUCACACGUUUUCUGUGACCAGCAUGGUUCUGCAGAGUUCAGCCGAUCCCCAGCGAUCUGCCCAGCAUGUUCUUCUGCACUGUCUGGGAAACUGGACAUUGUGCGCACAGAGCUCGCACCCUCAGAGGAAUACAAGGCCAUGGUGCUGGCCGGGCUGCGACCUGAGACAGUGCUGGAUAUCUGUUCCCGGGCAUUGACCUUCUGGACAUACCAAGUUCAUCAGGAGAGACUGUUUCAAGAGUAUAGUCUGUCAAGGGCAGAGGGACAGGUUAAACAAAUGGAGAAACUGCUGACCCAACAGAACCAGAGCAGAGAGUUUGAACUAAACGCUAUAAGAGGCGAGAUUACGUCACUAAAGAAGGUGAUGGAGGAGUACAAACGGAAGUAUAGCGAGGUGUCUGAGCGUCUAAUGGAGAGGAACAGGCAGUAUCAGAAGCUUCAGAGUCUUUAUGACUCAUUGCGACUACGCAACAUGGUGGUUGGGGAGAGAGAGGGACCUCGAUCCAUGCCCCCAGCGUUCAGCACAGGAGCAGUUACACAGCCCUCUCCCAGUUGUACUCCUCAGUUCCUGGGCGGAGGAUCAGAGGGAGACAGGAUCUUCUCGUCACUGGAGCCUGAAGGAGUCAAGACUUUCUUCCAGUUCAGCUCCCCUGCCCGAGACAGAGGCCACUCCCUCACCAAAAAAAACUAA